GGUAGAGCUGCCCGGCGGUGCCAGCCAGGAGCCGCGCGGCCAGGCCCGCGGGAUGAGGUGCUGCCGCCUCUGCGUCUUUGACGCCGCCCGAGGGCCUCGGCGGCUCAUGCGCGUGGGCCUCGCGCUGAUCCUGGUGGGCCACGUGAACCUCCUGCUGGGAGCUGUGCUGCACGGUACAGUCCUGCGGCACGUGGCCAAUCCCCGCGGCGCCGUCACGCCGGAGUACACCACCGCCAAUGUCAUCUCCGUGGGCUCGGGGCUGCUGGUGAGACUGCGGGCUGGCUGGGGGGCGGAGCUGCCAGGAGCCAGCGGGCCAAAGGUGUGGUGUCUUCCGCAGAGCGUUUCCCUUGGUCUUGUGGCCCUUUUGGCAUCCAGGAACCUUCUUCGCCCAGGACUGCACUGGGCCCUGUUGGUACUGGCUUUGGUGAACCUCCUCCUGUCGGCUGCCUGCUCCAUGGGCCUCCUCCUAGCUGUGUCACUCACUGUGGCCAAUGGUGGCCGCCGUCUUAUUGCUGACUGCCAUCCAGGACUGCUGGAUCCUUCCAUACCGCUGGAUCAGGGAUCUGGGCACACCAACUGCUUCUUUGACCCCACAAGAAUCUAUGAUACAGCCUUGGCUCUCUGGAUCCCUUCUCUGUUCAUGUCUGCAGCCGAGGCUGCUCUGUCUGGUUACUGCUGUGUGGCUGCACUCACCCUUCGUGGAGUUGGGCCCUGCAGGAAGGAAGGGUUUCAGGAACAGCUGGAGGAACUGACAGAACUUGAAUCUCCUAAAUGUAAAAGGCAGGAAAAUGUGCAACUCUUGGAUCAAUAUCAAGAACUCCAGGCAUCAGAGAAAACCUGGGUGUAGGACAGGCAGGUGCCAAUCUGAGGCCCAGUCCACAUGUAUUUCCCACUAAACAAGGAGCUCUUGAGCAGCCCAGGAUGAUAUAAAUAACUGUAAUAA